AUGUCUGCCUCGCCGCCCCCAGCGCCUUAUGAGUCCAUGGCAACUCCGCCAGAGGAGCGUCCUGCAAAACGCCAAAAGACUCUGGCAUGCGGACGGUGUCGACGGAGGAAGCAAAAAUGCGACGAGCAGAGGCCCUGUACAAACUGCAGCAAAUCAGGAGAGACGUGCCAUGAGGUCGUGCCUCGACUUGGUCUAGGCACCAUGCCAUAUACGCAGAUGGCGCUGCCUUCUCCGGUUGACAUCUCAUCCCUUGAGGAACGCGUUGCCAGGCUCGAAAAGGCACAGAUAUUGGCCCAACAGUGGCAGCCUAACCAGAAGCCAGCCAGGAAUCCAAGCCACGGCGGCUACUACAGAGGCGUGCCCUCCCCGGAUGGCACCUUCACCAGCACCAACAGCCCAACCAACCACGGGGCGUCCCCGAGCGUGUACUCGUGCCACGGCUCACCCAAUGCUUCAAUGGGAGCGUUCCAGGCUCGCACCGGUGGGCCUGGGCAACCUCUUCAGUUCGCAGCUUCACCGAGCGCGUUCCCCGGCCAAGAUUACAUCCAACGGCCUGGCAGCAGCUUAUCUGGAAGCGCCCCGGCGAUUGGACUGCUGGCGACCUUUGCCAGGCCGGACGGCAACAGAUAUCAUGGUAACGCCCAGCAGCAGCCUCACCAGCUUUCCAUGAACAUAGACCGACCGACCGAGAUGGGUCUGUUUGAGGUCUACCGCACCCGCAUUCACUCACGCUUUGCAUUCCUGGAUCUCGAAAACCUCAAAAACCCGCUGCAGAGACCCGGGGAUCUCUGGGUGGGAUUCUUCACCAAUAUGGUGUACAGCAUCGGCAUGCUGCUCAACGGCCAACAGAGCCACCUGGCCUUCUACAGACUCGCCGUGACGCGUCACCUGAGCCACGUCUUUGCUCAACCCGACCGCAUCUUGCACGUCCAGGCACACCUGCUGCUGGCAAUGCACGCGCUGCACUCUCCGUCCACAGAGCGGCUGGUGAGCAUCGCUGGUGCAACUAUGCGCUACUGUGUGUUGGCUGGGCUUCACGCCGGGGAAGACGACGACGUAAAGGACGGUGAGACUUCUGGGAACAGCUACAGGGCAGACUGUGGAGGCAACAAAAUGCAGAUUCGCCGUAGGGUCUUCUGGUCCGCAUAUGCCCUCGACCGUGUUGUCAGCACUACCUUUGACCUUCCACCAUCGGUAUCAGACGGCCACAUCACAGCGGAGCUAUACUUGGAUGAAGAAGAUACGGCUCUCGAGUAUGUCAAAGGCUUGAGGCUGCAGAGCAAAGCCUUGGAGUUCAGACUAUGCCAACAGCGGGACGCCGAGGAGGAGACGAGACUUCUGAAGAAACUUCAGGACUGGGGUGAAUCAUGCAGACAGAAGUUCCCAGCUGCAGAAUGGCUGCAAUUUACAUACCACGUCGGGUUGGCCACACUCUUCGGCAGCCAGCUUCCUCAAAACGACGUCGGCAGUCCAGACGUCGGCCAAGGUGACGAUACAGCUGGCGAGGAUGGCAGCAGUAUUACGGUCGCCGUGACGCCCCAAAGCUUGGGUGGAAGUGUGGGUAAUUGUGAGCAUGACGGACAAGAUAUAACAGCAACGGCCGACCAAGAUUCGAACCUCGGGCUUGACAAGAACAAAAUAACGCGGCACAGUACCAUGCAGGCAUGUCUUUUGUUCAGACAUCUCCAGCGAUCAACAGCCGCUGCGGGGAGUGAGCGGUCCUGGCUGGCCCUGAUUGCUCAGUUCAAGUGUGGCAUCUCACUUCUGUGUCGCAGUCAAGAGCCAGGAUCGAGGUCGCCCAGGGAGGAUGGCGACCUUGCACAGGCCAUCAGCGCGUGUAGCGCAUCGCUAUCGGCGCUUGCGAGGCACUGGCCACAGAGCAGGUGUUUGAGUGACGUCUUCAGCCUGGUCCUUGGCGAAUCGCACUUCGGGGGUGGAAGCCAUGAAUCGAGGGGGCAAACGACAGGAAAGCGGACCAGGGGUGGGCGGGAUGAUCGGUCCAAGUCCGUCGCCGACUGGCUGCCGAUCCUCGAGUCGAUAGUGAUGCACCGGCCGACGCUCAAGAUGAUCCGGAACUUGGCGGCCAGGAAAUCGCCACCGACACCUCGCUCCGGGUCAUGCAUCAGCACCAGACGCGGCAGCAGCAGCAGCAGCAGCAACAGGGGUGUCUAUGAGGUCUCGCCAGCAAGCGUGUUGAAAUUGGAGACCCCCUCAAGCGUCAUGGGCGAUGAUGACGACGUCACUCGGGACGACACUCUGUUCGGGCUCGGUCUGGACGGGAGGGAGGAUGACGGAAUGUUCCGUGCCGCAUCGCCCACGUUUUUCCUGCCUGAUCCUCCACGGCCAGCCUCGGAGGUACCCGAGCGGGAUUAUCGGUUUGACUACUUGGACCUGGGGGGACCUGACGAGCCUAUUACCUGUUUUGGAUCAAGCCUGCAGAUCUGA